CGUAGUCGUAGUAGUCAUGAAAUCCGUGUAUAAUCGUCGAUAUAGAGAGAGAGUGUAGAUAGAGAAACAAAGCAACUGUGAGAGAGAAACUCCGCCUGCGGCUUAUAAUAGAAGUUUGCUAAGCCCACCUUCUGGACACUUUCGCUAACAUACAGAGAGAUUGGCGCCGAAUGCGGCGGCGAAACUCUUGCUAACUUGCGCAGGCCGGUCCUCAGAGAGUCUGAAAAUGGCCGAUUUGUUACAAGUUUUGUGAUUCAGGUGGUUCUGAACUGGUAAUUUAGGGUUUGUGAAGGGACAUUGUGUAUUUAUAUAUAAAUACUUAUAUAGUAGUUGAGGUUUGAAGCAAAUUGGUGAUACUGAGGAAGCUAAUGGUGGUAUGAUGCAAAGACUACAAUCUUCUUUUGGGACUUCAUCCUCUUCUGUCCCCAAAAAGCCCAUCUCGAUUAACCACCUUGAUUUACAUCAAUCUUCAUCUCAAAUUCCUGCUCCAAUGAGACAAUUUUCACCAGAUUUUAGUGCUGAUAGCAGUAAGAGGGUUGGUAUACCACCAUCACAUCCACAAAUCCCUCCUAUGUCCCCUUACUCACAGAUCCCAGUAACCCGGCCGGUGAAUCAACAACCGGGUUCACAGAAUUUCAGCCCAAGUCCGCCUACAUCCCAUUCGCGAUCUUUAUCGCAGCCUUCAUUUUUCUCACUCGAUUCCUUGCCUCCGUUAAGUCCUUCGCCUUAUCGGGACUCCACCUCAACAUCAAUUUUUGACCAAGUGUCAGCUGAUGUAUCAAUGGAGGAUAAAGAUGUGAACUCACACUCUUUGUUGCCGCCCUCUCCUUUCACGAGGGGUAGUUCGUCGAGGGCAGGGGAGAGUCUCCCCCCUCGAAAAGCUCACAGGCGCUCUAAUAGUGAUAUACCGUUUGGGAUUUACAAUAUGCUGCAAUCUUCGCCACCAUUCAUUCCAUUAAGGGGAACAGGAGCUUUUGAUCAGUCUUUGUCUGCUACAGAAAAUUCUGCGGCUCAGCCUAUUAAAUUGGUUAAACGGGAGACAAGUUGGGAUAAAGGUAGUGAGAGCAGUGCAGAAGGAAUGGGUGAGAGGAAAUCUGAGGGAGAAGUAGUGGAUGACCUGUUUUCUGCUUAUAUGAAUUUAGACAAUGUUGAUACAUUAAACUCUCCUGGGAUUGAUGACAAACUGUGUAAUGAGAAUCGGGAGGAUUUGGACAGUAGAGCUAGUGGUACAAAGACAAAUGGAGGUGACAGCAGUGAUAAUGAAGCAACAAGCAGUAUAAAUGAAAGUGGAAGCAGCUUGCAGAGAUGGGCGAACAGUACUUCGACUGAGAAGAGGGAAGGAAUCAAAAGGAAUGCAGGGGGAGAUAUUGCUCCAACCACUAGACACUAUCGAAGUGUUUCCAUGGAUAGCUUCAUGGGAAACAUGAAUUUCAGCGAUGAGUCGCCAAAACUGCCAGCUUCCCUGGUGACACGCCCGGAACAACUGUCACCCAACAAUUCAGCGGAUGGGAAUUCAAAUACCUUUAGCAUGGAAUUCGGGAAUGGUGAGUUUAAUGGGGCUGAACUCAAGAAAAUUAUGGCAAAUGAAAAACUUUCUGAGAUAGCAUUGACUGACCCCAAGCGGGCAAAAAGGAUUUUGGCCAACCGUCAAUCGGCUGCUCGUUCAAAGGAACGGAAAAUGCGAUACAUUGUAGAGUUGGAACACAAGGUUCAAACGUUACAAACAGAAGCAACCACAUUGUCUGCCCAGCUUACUCUCUUGCAGAGAGAUUCUGCUGGGCUCACAAGCCAGAACCAUGAGUUGAAGUUUCGCCUGCAAGCCAUGGAACAACAGGCACAUCUCCGAGAUGCACUAAAUGACACAUUAAGUGCGGAGGUUCAGCGGUUGAAGCUUGUUACUGCUGAACUGGGCGGCGAGACUUCAAAGUUUCAGCAGCUUUCGAUAAACCCCCAGAUGUUUCAGUUGCACCAGCAGCAGGCUAACCAAUUCAACCUACAGCAGUUUCAACAGCAGCAAGAGCAGUCACAAUCGCAGUCAAAGCCAGAGCAGAAUGGCAGCACAACCAGGAAGCAGGACCCAAAUCAGUAGGUUCUAAAGGGGAUGAGAUGGCAUAGAAGUCUUUGCUGCCCUUUAUUUAUUAUGUCUUGUAUCAUGUGCUGGAUAUUUAGCAGCAAUUCAUUCAAUGCAGUCAUUCAUUCGUUUUGCAUCUCCAACGGAACAGAGUAUGGUGAUCCAACCUGCCUUGCAUGUCCAUCAGCAACUGAUAUUUAGGUCAUAUACAAGGUCUAAUAUUUAUAGUGUUUACAUAUGUGCUAGCAAAUUAUGUCGGAUUGAGAACUUUUGGACAUAUUUUGUUUUGACGGAGAGUUAAACCUCAACUCUUCUAUAGUUUUAUUUUGUUUCUUUAAGUAAAGAUUUGGUCAUUUUAUGAUUUA